AUGGCUGCUGAGAACCUUACAGGAAUGACCCAGUUUCUUCUUUUAGGAUUUUCAGAAGAACCAGAACUGCAGUCCCUAAUAUUUUGGCUGUUCCUUUCCAUGUACCUAAUUACUGUGCUUGGGAACCUGCUCAUCAUCCUGGCUGUCAGCUCAGAUUCCCACCUCCACACCCCCAUGUACUUCUUCCUGUCCAAUCUGUCCUUUGUGGACAUUUGUUUCACCUCCACCACCGUCCCCAAGAUGCUGGUGAACAUCCAGACACACAGCAAAGUCAUCACCUAUGAGGGUUGCAUCACCCAGAUGUACUUUUUCCUACUCUUUGUUGUAAUGGACAUUUGUCUCCUGGCUGCUAUGGCUUAUGACCGCUAUGUGGCCAUCUGCUACCCCUUGCAUUACACAGUCAUAAUGCAUGCCCAAUUCUGUGGACAAUUGCUUCUGUUGUGCUGGGUCAUUAGCAUCCUGGAUUCCCUGCUGGAAAGUUUAACAGUGCUGCGCCUGUCCUUCUGUAAAAAUGUGAAGAUUCCCCACUUUUUCUGUGAACUCAACCAAGUGAUCCAUCUUGCUAGUUCAGACACCUUCCUUAAUGACAUGGUGAUGUAUUUUGCAGCUGUAAUACUGGCUGGUGGUGCCUUCGCUGGGAUACUUUGCUCUUACUCCAAAAUUGUUUCCUCCAUACGUCGAAUCUCCUCUGCUCAAGGGAAAUAUAAAGCAUUUUCCACCUGUGCAUCCCACCUCUCUGUAGUCUGCCUGUUUUAUGGCACAGCUCUAGGAGUAUACCUGAGUUCUGCUGUCACACAGAACUCACAGUCCACUGCUAUCGCCUCAGCCAUGUAUACAGUGGUCACUCCCAUGUUGAACCCUUUCAUCUACAGUCUCAGGAACAAAGACAUCAAGAGAGCUCUGAAGAGUCUCAUUGAGAAAAAAACAAUGGGAUAG